AUGAAAGACAAUGUAAAAUUAGAGUAUGGUGGAGUUAAAUAUUUUUCAUGCAACCUGCCCUAUACCAACUGUUACACCAGAUUUACAAACGAUGGUUCUUACGACUUUUCUAUCAAUGACGAUUCACUUAUUGCGAUAUUUUUUGUUCGUGAAAACCAAAACGAUGGAACCUGGUCUUGUUACCAUGGUAAUGAAAGAGCAUAUUUCGUAAUUGAUAAUGCAGAUGCACCACGAAUAAGUUAUAUUACUAGCAGAUCUAUAAGUGGAGACAAAAAUGAAAAAUAUGAAUUUCAAUGCAAAAUUAAAAGCCAGAUGCCAGCAGAUGUUGUGAUCUAUUCACAGAAUUAUCUGGGCGUCAGAAAACUUUAUGAAAGGAAGCAAACUAGAAUAACACAACAUAAGAUCACAGUCAGUGUACGGUGUGAGGAUCGUUAUAUAUUUUGUAACGUCUCUAAUGGAUAUGGACCUAUUAUUUCUCGUAGUAGAACUGUUUAUAAAGAUUGUCCACUGAAGAUCUUAGGUAACUUAUCAACCACCACAUUGUCAUACAAUAAGUCGGGUACUGAGUUGAAAUUUAAGAUUUAUUAUGAAGGUUAUACCUAUUUAUCUCUAUCAUUUUAUCGUAUUACUUCCGACGGCUUUCAAGAGGUUAGGAGCAAUGGGAAUUUCAGCCUUGGUCUAAUUCAGUACCCAAUACGAUAUGCCCGUAUUAUUUUUCGCAACCUGGAAGAAUCUGAUGGUGGGAAGUAUGUUUUAAGUUUAAGAGAUACAAGUCGAACACCAUAUGUCAAUAAAUUAUGUUUUAUAACUUUGGUUUACACUGGAACAUCAACAACUGAAGGAAUCGACCAGCCAACAACAACCACGACCUCGACGACAUCCAUAACCAUUCCAAGGGAUCUAUUGUCGACAGGGAGCCAAUUUGGGGGUAAAACCGAGGAUGAGACCAACAUCAUGAUAUAUCUAGGAGUAGCAGCAUUUGUGAUUGUUCUGUUGUUGAUUCUUGUCCUGGUUAUUGUCGGUGUAUUUUGGUUCAUUCGAAUAAAGAGGAAACCAGCAGCUUCUGAUGAUAAGGUAUAUUAUUAUUUUUAUUUUAGUAGUUAA